AAUCUUCCUGGGCACCCUGUGAGGCCUCCACCUGCAUCUGUCCCGCCCAUGGGCUGGCAUUGGCUUCCCUGGAAGGACAGAGCCAAGGUCACAGCCACCACAGGGAAGGUCCCCAGCUGGCACCCAGAGGCACAGACAGACGGACGGAGCCAUGUCACCCUGCACCUUUGCCCUCCUCUUCCUCCUCCUUGUGCCGGACACAGUGACUGUUCCUGAGCAUGGCCAUGGCCUCCGACGUCAGAAGAGGGACUGGGUCAUCCCUCCCAUCAGCUGCCCCGAGAAUGAACGGGGUCCCUUCCCCAAGAAGCUGGUACAGAUCAAGUCCAACAAGGACAAGGACACCACGGUUUUCUACAGCAUCACAGGGCAAGGGGCAGACACUCCCCCCGUGGGUGUCUUCACCAUCGAGCGGGAGACGGGCUGGCUGGAGGUGACAAAGCCGCUGGACCGUGAGGAGAAAGAUAAAUACAUUCUCUUCUCCCACGCCGUGUCAGCCAACGGGCAGUCCGUGGAGGACCCCAUGGAGAUCAUCAUCACUGUGACAGACCAGAAUGACAACCGUCCCGUCUUCACCAAGCGAGUCUUUGUUGGCUACAUUGAGGAGAAUGCCAAACCAGGCACAUCCGUGAUGACCGUGAAUGCCACGGACGCAGACGAUGCGAUCAACGUGAACAACGGCAUCAUUGGUUACUCCAUCCUGAGUGAGGAGCCCAGGAGUGCCCAGCGGAUGUUCACCAUCAACCCCGAGCAGGGCAUUAUCAGCAUCAUUGGCACGGGGCUGGACCAGGAGACCACUCCCAACUACACGCUGAUCAUCCAGGCUGCAGACCAGGAGGGCACUGGCCUGACCAACACCGCCACAGCCAUCGUGGAAGUCACAGAUGCCAAUGACAACCCUCCCAUCUUUGACCCCACCAUGUACGAGGGGACAGUGAAGGAGAAUGAGGUGGGGGCAUUGGUGACACGGCUGUACGUGACAGACCAGGACAUGCCGGGCUCCCCGGACUGGCAAGCCGUCUACCGCAUCAGAAGCGGGGACCCCGACGGCGCCUUCAGCAUCUCCACUGACCCCAAAACCAAUGACGGCAUCUUGAAAACAGCCAAGGGCCUGGAUUAUGAGAGCAAGAGCCGCUACAACCUGGUGGUGGUGGUGGAGAACACCGUCCCCUUUGCCGUGCCCCUGGCGACCUCCUCGGCCAGCGUCCUGGUGGUGGUCACGGAUGAAAACGAAGCCCCCAUCUUCGUUCCCCCGGUUAAGAGUGUGGAGGCGAUGGAGGACCUGCCGGUGGGCCACCAGGUCACCUCCUACACGGCUCAGGACCCCGACAGGGACCAGAGGCAGAAAAUCACGUACCACAUGGGCAACAACCCUGCGAAGUGGCUGGCCAUUGACCCCGAGAACGGCAUCGUCACGGUGGCCCAGCCGCUGGACCGGGAGUCGCUGCACGCCAUCAACAGCACCUACAAGGCCACCAUCCUGGCUGUGGACAAUGGGCUUGUGCCUGCCACCAGCACGGGGACGCUGCUCCUCCAGCUCCUGGACGUGAAUGACAACGCGCCCACGGUGGAGCCCCGGUCCUUCGAUAUCUGCAACCGGGAGCCCGAAGAGCAGAUUCUGACCAUCAUUGACAAGGACCUGCUCCCCAAUACCUACCCCUUCCAGGUAGAGCUGAUAUUCAGCUCCAUCAGUAACUGGUCCAGCAAGGUGAUCAAACAAGACCAGCUGGUGCUGAGGCUGAUGAAGCGGCUGGAGCCAGGGGAGUACAGCAUCUGCCUGAAGCUGACGGACGCACAGGGCAAAACUCAGACAGUGACGGUCAAAGCCCAAGUGUUCGACUGCAAAGGGGAUGUCAACGAGAAACCUGUGUUUUACCCAGGUGGUCCCCAAAUACACGCUGAAGGUCCAGGCAGCCUAUGCGGGAGGCUUUGGGCUGCCGACCACUGCCACCGCCACCAUCAAAGUGCAGGCCAAUAUGAACGAGCCAGGGAAGGGCUCCCUGACCACACACGUGCUGAACACGGCCACGGGGCUGCCGGCGGCCGGCCUGGCCAUCCAGCUGGUGCGGCUGGAGGAGACGGAGCAGCGCUGGACGGAGCUGGUGCAGAGGCGGACAGAUGACAAUGGGCGUUGCGGACCCUUCCUGUUCCCGGGACAAGCCGAGCCCGGCACCUACAAGCUGCGCUUUGAGACUGCAGCGUACUG